GUUAGUUAAAAUGUUAAAACUGCCUUUAAGCCGAAUACGGCUUGCGAUUAGUGAGCAAUUACCGCAGCUGCCACAAUUGAAAAAUAUAUACCAUGCGCUGGAGGUGCCAUCUAAGAAACAGCAGCAACCGAUGUUGCAAUGGAUUUUGCCGGCUACGAUUGCACAACAUGAGAACGAGUUGCUGGAGUUAGUAAAAAAUCAACAGUUUGAUGCCACAUACAUAGAGAAGGUUCAAGUGUUGCCCAGUGUUGGUCGCACCGCAGCCAAAGUGGAAUUUCAUUUACAGCCAGAUGCGUUUGUUAAACAUGUGUUGCACGAAGAGCUGAGAGCUACGCCAACAGCAGUUAGCUCUGCUGAGCAUAUUGUUGUUGAGUAUAGCUCGCCUAACAUAGCCAAGCCCUUUCACGUGGGCCACCUGCGCUCCACUAUCAUAGGCAAUGUGCUGGCCAAUUUGCAUCAGUAUCUGGGAUAUCGCACAACGCGUCUUAAUUAUUUGGGCGAUUGGGGCACACAGUUUGGCCUACUGGCCUUGGGAGUACAGCUAGGCAAUGUGACUGACAGUCAAAUGCGAGAUGCACCCAUUGAGACACUGUACAAGGCCUAUGUGGACGCCAACAAGGCAGCUGCUGAGAAUGCGGAACUUGCUCAGAAAGCACGUGAUUUAUUUAGUGCCUUGGAAGCGGGUUCUGAUGCAACUAUGGCCAAACAGUGGCAGUUGUAUCGCGAGUACACCAUAGCUGAACUUACUAAUGUCUAUGAGCGUUUGGGCGUGCAUUUCGAUAGCUACGAAUGGGAGUCACAGUAUUCCCAGCGUGAUAUCAGUGAGGUGCUACAAAGUCUGCGUACUGCUGGUCUGCUACAGCGCGAACAGGAUGGCCGCGAGAUUGUUGUGAUGAAUGAGCGACGUGUGCCCGUGAUUAAAAGCGAUGGUUCCACUUUGUAUCUGGCACGCGACAUUGCGGCAGUUCUGGAACGCCAAAGGCGUUUAAAGUUCUCGCGCAUGCUAUAUGUGGUGGACAAUGGCCAAGCGGAUCAUUUUAAUGCGCUGUUUCAUACAGCAGUGGGCCUCGAUCAGAGUCUGAGUAACAAAUUGGAGCAUGUCAAGUUUGGACGCAUACACGGAAUGAGCACACGCCACGGCAAAGCCAUCUUUCUACGCGAUGUUUUAGAUGAGGCACGUGACGUAAUGCGCGAGAAACGCAGUCAAAGCGCAACCACGAGAAGCAAUAGCUGCCUGGAUGACGAGCAUGUUUGCGAUAUUCUCGGCGUGUCUGCAGUUAUUGUAAAUGUGCUGAAGCAACGACGACAGCGAGAUCACGAGUUUAGCUGGCAGCAGGCGUUGCAGGUCAACGGCGAUACGGGCAUCAAGCUGCAGUACACACACUGCCGUUUGCACAGUUUAUUGGAAAACUUUACUCACGUGUCGCUGGCGGAUAUAGAGCCUAGCUGGCAGCAAUUAGCGCAAGAGCCAGCGGAUGCGCUGGAUGUGUUCUAUGAACUGGCGCGAUUUGAGCAAUGCGUUUGGCAAUCCCAACAGCAGCUCGAGGCCUGUGUGCUUGUCAACUAUCUCUUUGGCUUGUGCAAUGCCACAAGUCGAGCCUUGAAGCGACUGCCCGUGAAGCAGGAGACAAGUGCAGCGAAGCAAAUGCAACGGCUGCUGCUUUUCCAUGCAGCCAAGCGCACAUUGCAACAAGGAAUGCAGCUGCUGGGCCUUAAGCCACUAAACCAAAUGUAGUUUGUAGUAGAUUGUAAAGUAAAAAAAAGUUGUUUUAAACAAUUAGUUU